ACUUACGCUACGAAAACACAGACUCGUAGUCACGUGACUGUCAUCCGAGUCGACGACUGUCUGCCGAAGUGUUUGGCUUUUGAAGACAAUUCGUGUCACCAAUUGGUUCCCACCGCACGACAUGAACCAACAGCUGCCCGAUAGCCCCAACUUAGACGCCGUCCAUUCGGCGCUCAAAGCCGUCAAACUCUUGCGCUGUACUGUCGGCGAUGUCUUCAAGUGUUUGGCCGACUGUCCGCUCGUUGUGAACAACGAUAAGUCUUCGCCCGCCGAAGACAACUACUCGACACCGAUCAACACCACGACCACCGCUGCGACCACCACCAGCAGCAACAGCACCACCACAACCACUACUACUACCGGUGCUAAUGUCACCGCCAGUACAGCACCGGCGGUGGCGACGACCACCGCUGCCAACGCCUCCACCACCGGCUCGUCAUCGCCGCCAUCGGAGGCGGCCGCCAAUCAGGCGCUACAGGACUUGCAGACACUGUUGCUGUCGGUGAACAGCAGGUUCCGCGAGUUGGAGACGGCGUGCACUCUACUCACCACACCGUUGAACGCCGGACCCGUCAACAUAUCGCUCGGCAACUCCUCCCUCUUGGGACAGGACCCGCAUUACGACAAAACCAAUCUCUACGCCGACAUGAUAUCGGCCUACCGGUGGAGCGACAAAAUGGUUGAGUACUCGUCGUUCGCGGCCACACUCUUGCAGCAGAACUCGUUGCGCAGAUCGCAGACACCCGUCAUCUACGUGAAGGGCCGCCCGCAGCGGCGCCCACCCAAUGGGCACAAUAUCAACGCCCAGCAGAUCGACAACUUCAUCGCGAACCUGCAGCGAGUGCUGCCCGACCUGACCAUCGAAGUGGUGCGACCGUUUGGCGCACCAACUCUGCUGAAGGUGACGAUACCGCGUGUGCUGAGGGCUGUCAUCCUAUUGCGGGGUCUGCUGAUCGAGUGGGUUGUGGUGAAGGGCAUCGACGAGACCUUCGACGACCCCAACUAUGAUAGUAGUUAUGCGAAGCGUUUGCGGCGUUUCCCCGACGCGGCCUCCAAUGCCGCGGCCGCCGCACUCGAGUUGGAACGACUGGACAUAUGGUCGGAGUCGCGGUACGAGGUGUUCCGGAAGGUGUCGGAGCACGCGAACGCCGCUAUGCUUCACUACUACUCGCCCGUCCACUGCGACGUCGCCCUCAAGACCUAUUUGACUUGGCUCAAGAGUUAUACGAAUCUAUUCUCAGCGCCGUGUCGUAAAUGCAAUUGUCGGCUCCAGAACUUUAUGCCCCCCUCCUGGAGGGAUAACCGCACGUUCGAGCCCUAUCACGAACAGUGCCGGCCCUAACAUGCCUUUCCUUUUUUCUAUUACAC